GCUGACCGGAAGGACUCCAGCUCCCAGCAGGCUUUGCGGCCCCACACGUGUGUAUGUGUGUAUCGGCGGCAUCAUGUCGGUGUUUAUGGACCUGAACGUGCUGUUCUCUCCGGACCGGAACCGACUGAGGGGCGUCAUAGAGACGGCAGCUCACCUCGGGUUCUCCACCAUCGCCAUCAACUACGUGUUUGAACCGUCAUCCAAAAAGAAACAGGAAGUCCCCGUCCCCUGUCCAAUUAGUGAGCUGAUCGAUCAGCUGCCGGUGGUGCAGGGUCGCUCUCGUCCAAUCAGAGUGCUGAACAGACUGACGGUGUUGAUGUCAGACUCCAGCCAUUUUAGGCCCAGCGCUCCAGAGUACCGUCGGUUCGACCUCCUCGCCGUCCAGCCGACUACAGAGAAACUUUUCCAUGCAGCCUGUAUGUUGUAUGACGUCGACAUCAUCUGUAUCUCUGUGACGGAGAAACUUCCCUUCAUCUUCAAGCGAGCGCCGAUCAAUGGGGCGGUGGAGCGGGGCGUUGUGUUCGAGGUCUCGUACUCUGCAGCCAUCAGAGACGCCACCAUGAGGCGCUACACCAUCGCCAACGCUGUCUGUCUGAUGGACAGCUGCAAAGGGAAGAACGUGAUCCUGUCCAGCGCCGCUGAGAAGGCUCUGGAGCUCAGAGGACCGUAUGAUAUCACCAACCUAGGUCUGUUGUUCGGGUUGUCAGACGGAGACGCUAAAGAAGCUGUUUCUUCCACCUGCAGAGCAGUUCUACUGCACGCAGAGACCAGGAGGACAGCCAGUGGGAUUGUCUACACCAGCAGGAUCCAGCAGGAGGCGCUGCAGGACUCAGACUGUGAGGCUCCUGCAGCAAAGAAGACCAGACCUGAUGACUGACAGCUGAUGUUCCUUCUCCUGGAACGGUUUUGAUGUUCUGUGAGGUUCUUUAGUUUAAUAAAGUUCUGAUGAUUCAA